AUGAAAAUGAUCAGCACAUUUGAAGAUGAAAUUAAAAUGAUAUUUCCCUUUGCUCCGUACGAAGCCCAAUUAGAAUUCAUGAAAAUAAUGUAUGAAAUUCUAAAAGGAUCAAAUAUAAAAGUUGAUGAAAAAAUAAAACUAGUUUUUGAUAUUAUAAAAAAAAAUGAAAAUAUGCUAAAAAAUUUGAAGGGAACGAAUAAAACCAUAUUAAAUACAUUUAAUGAUAAUUCUGAAAUUAAAACAGAAGAAUUAUAUUAUAUUAAAAAAGGCAUAUAUACUGAGCAGCACAUUAUUAGUGAAAUGAAAACAGGGUCAGGGAAAUCACUAACCUUAUUAGCUUCAAUUAUUUAUUUUCUAUUGAAACAUCGAUUUGAUCUAUUUUUAAUAAAAGAAAAUGUAGAGCUUAAAAGGGAAGAACCGGAGUGGGUACGAGAAAAUAUUAUAAACAAUAUUAUACAAAAAUAUCAAAACAAUAUAAACAUGGAAAAAACAAAAAAUGAAAAUAAUUUAAAAAUUUUAAAUAAAUAUUUCACCUUUACUAAUAAUAAAAUACAGUUUAAUGAAAAUGUUUUGUUACAAAAAAAACAAAAAAAAAACGACUUAUCAUUACAAAAAGGGAAAGAUAAUGAUGAUAUAUUGUUCACAUGGAACGAUGAUGAUAUGGAAAACGAUUUUUUUCUUGAUGAAACUCCCAAAAAACAGAUUUUCAUAUGCAGCCGAACGCAAUCACAAUUAAAUCAGUAUUUUUCAGAAUUAAAAAAGAUCGAAAAAAAAUUAAGCAAAGAAAAUUUACCGAUAAAUAUGAUUAUUAUUGGAAGUAGAAAACAUCUAUGUAUUAAUGAGAAAAUUAUGAAAAAAUGCCCAAAUAUAAACGAACUAAACGAGGCAUGCCGAAGUAGCAAAUGCAAAUAUAAAGAAGGGUUUACUGAAAUUAUUUUAGAAAAAAAAAAAAAAAAAAAAAAAAUUUUUUAUGAAUCAUCUAGUGAUAGUAACAGUAGUAAAGAAGAAACUGAUGAAAUAAAUAAUUACAUUUUAAUUAAAAAAUUAAUAAAUACAAAAAAUAUAGAUAUGAAUCAAAUUAAAGAAAUAUGUAGACAUGAUAAAAUUGAAAUAUGCCCGUAUUAUAUGUGUAAAGAAAAUAUAAAAAAUGCAGAUAUAAUUUUGUUGCCUUAUAUUUGUAUAUUAAAUGAACAAAUUAGAAAUAAUUUAAAAAUAAAUAUAAAAAAUAACAUCAUAAUUUUUGACGAAUCUCAAAAUAUUAUAGAAAAUAUAAAUAAUGCAAAUUCGAUAGGAAUUAGUAAAAGUCAAAUUAUUUUUACAAAAUUAACCUUAAAAAAAUAUAUUCAAAAAUAUGAAAAUACUUUAAAUAAUAAUAAUGUUGUUAUGAUUAAACAAAUUAUUAUUUAUUGUGAUUUAUUAUUAAAAUAUUUUACAUCUAUAAAUGAAUCCGUUUCGAAUAUAACUAGAUUCAUGCUUGUUUCAAAAUUAGAUGCAUUAAAUUUAAAUAAUAUCUCGGCCUUUUUAAACAAUUCACUUUUUUGUAGAAAAUUAAAAAUUUUUGCAGAAAUUAACAUAAAUGAAUAUUUUAAAAAAAAUAAUAAAGAAAUAUCAUCUAUUAUAUCAACACAUGUAAACACAUCUUCUAUUUAUUUAUUGUGUGAAUUUACAAAUAAGUUAAUUCGAUCGAACAAAUAUGAUUAUAUAUAUAUAAAUAAAAAUGAUGAUAAUGGAAUAUAUAAUAAUUCCGAUUUGGAAAAUGAUAAUCGAUAUAAUAACAAAAUUGAAACAUUAAAUGAAAUAAAAAAUACAAACAAUAAUAAUAACACAGAAACUUCUAAUUCUAUUUAUCCAAACAAACGACCUGGAUAUAGUACAAAUAAUAAUGUAGAAGCAGAAAAAAAAAGGAAAAUACAAGAAAAUAAUAUAAAUAACAAAGAUGAAAUAAAAACACAAAAUCAUAACAACGAUCACCAUUUUACUGAUUUAUCAGAGUAUCUCAAAUAUAUUUUAGAAAAUAAUAAGGAUAUAAUAUUAAAAGAAAAAAUAGAAAUUAUAAGUGUUAGUUCAUGUAAUAAUUUUCAAAAUAUAACAAAAAAUUGUAACAAUAUUAUAUUGAUUGGAGGGACAUUACAACCAAUAGAAGAAUUCUUAUUAUUAUUUUUAAAUGAAAAAAAAAAUAAAAUAAAAUUAUAUUUUUCAGAUUAUAUAUUUAAAAAAUCAAAUAUCUUUGUAAGAAUAAUGCCUACUAAUAUAUUAACAUUUAAUAGUAUUGACAAUACAUAUAAAAGCAGAUUUGAUAAAUCACAUCUUUUAAAUAUAGCAUUACAAAUAUAUAUAUUAACAUUAUAUGUAAAUUAUGGAAAUAUUGUCUUUUUUUCAUCUUAUACUUUUUUAAAUGAAUUUAUGAAUUUUUUGUAUAAUGAAGGAAAAUAUGUUUUAGAAAAAAUGAAAGAAAAAAAAAAUUUAUUUUUCGAAAAAAAAAAUGAUAAUAAUGUCUUAAAAAAUUAUAUGAUCAAUAUUGUUAAUAUAAAAAAACAAGAUCAUCAAAUGAGAAUUAAAAAUGGAUGUAUAUUAUUUUGUGUUAUGAAUGCAAAACUAAGUGAAGGAAUAAAUUUUUAUGACGAUUUUUGUCGAAAUAUUUUAAUUAUUGGUAUUCCUUUCUUUAAACAUGAAAAAAAUAACACUACAACCCCUAUUGUCAACAAAAAUAAAUUAGUCCUAAAUUAUUAUAAAGAAUAUUCAAGGGAUACAUCAAAAAAAAACGAUCCUAAUACAUAUGAGAUUUCAAAUUCCAUCCGAAUUUUGUCAGAUUGGCAAAUAAACCAAAUGUGCAAAACAUACGAAUUAAAAUAUGCCAUGAAAAUAGUCAAUCAGUGUAUAGGACGAAGUUUGAGACAUAUCAACGAUUUUUCAUCUUUUUUUUUCAUCGAUCAAAGAUUUAACAAUCCAGAUAUAUAUGAUUGUUUUCCAACAUUUGUAAAAACACAUUUAAAUGAUAUAAAAAACUUAGAAUAUACUAAUAAUGAAAAUUUUCACAAAGAAAAACAGAAUUUUCAUGAAAUAUAUGAUGAUAUCAAAAAUCACUAUAAACAUAUUAUAACAAAUCAGGACCCAGUAAAAGAUUCUCAAAAUUAUUUAAAAAAAUUUGUAACUGAUUUGAUACAUUUAAAAGAAUUUCAUAAAAAAAUGAAUUAUUUAUGA